AUGGCAGUGGGCAAAGGUAUGGACGCCGCUUCAUAUCUUAGGAAACAUGGUUGGAAAGGCGACGGUCACUCGCUGGAUCCGUCCUCCCGUGGAAUCAAAAAGCCUCUCUUGGUCUCGAAAAAGGUCGAUGUCCUUGGUGUCGGAUUGAACAAGCAUGCGGCUGUCAGCGACCAGUGGUGGAUGAGGGCAUUUGACCAAGGACUAAAGGACCUGGGUACCGGAAAGACCAAUGCCUUGACAAACAUUCGAGAGCAUGGGAUGUUCGCCGGAGGGCUGUAUGGGAGAUUCGUGAAAGGCGAAGGAGUCGCAGGCACAUUCGCGGAGGGGAAUUUAUCGAAGAGAAAGCGAGAAGAUGAGGCGCAGCGAUUGAAAAAUGGUGUCGACAUGCAAGUGGAGGCAUUUGUCGCAGAGGCACUACACCGAGGAGUACUUGAAGUCGGCGACAAGAAGCCAACGCGAAGCGAUGUUUCUCCCGUGACGACGUAUGGCGAAGCAGCGGUCCAACAGGUCUUUAAGCAGGCAGGACUAAGCAUCGAGGCAAACAUCGCGCAAAGUUCGACAAAAGCACAAAAGUAUAAGCGCGAAAAACAGCUCCGUGGGCUCAAGCGAGCUGCAAAGUCAUUUAUAAUAUUCCAGCUAUCGAACGUCGAACGCAAGCAGAUUCAGGCAUACGAGACUUCAAUCAAGAAGGUACAGAAAUCGGAACGUAAAUCGAGAGAAGCAGGCAAAGCAGCUGCUGAGGCAGAAAAGGCUGCUGCCAAAUUUGCGAAAGCGCUCCGCAAGAAGGAGAAACGCGACCGCAAGCUCGCUGCUCGGGAGCAAGGCAAUGAAGAUUCCACCUAUGUUACAGAUGACGCGAAAGAGGAUCUCUCUACUUUGGGACUAGCGAAAUGCGAAGCAAAAGGAGCGGCAAAGGGCAUGGAAGUGCAGCAGUACAUUCAAGACCGGGAAAGCAAGAAAGACGCCAAAGCAUUGCAGAACGACACUGCUUCGUCGACACCCAGGCCAGCAUUUGUCAUUGACUUGGAUGGCGAUGCGGCUUUGAAUCGACUGCCACCUGGUGAGCAUGUCGUAGACUCAGAAGGCAGCAUACGCUUUACCAUCGAACCCGGUAUGCCUGUGCCUCUUGAUCCAGCCAUCUGGGACGGCAUCAAAGUGAAGACAUUGCCUAGACCUGUCCGAGAAGCCCGUCGAGAAUGGAUGGAAAACAAGCGAGAAGCACGGAAAGCCGAGAAGACCAAAAAGUCCACGGAUAAGUCGAAAAACGAAAGGAAACUUGAAAAGAUUGAAAGGCUCUGCAUCAGAAUCCUCAUCGAGAGUCGCAAGGCCAAAGGAUCCGGUACUGUCACGAUUGGUGGCCUUGAAGACGUGCCGUUGGUCAAAGUUAAGACUCAAGCCAAAGAACCAUUCUCAAAAGAAGAAAUGGGUCUUGCGAGGACGGUGGCGAGACGCGUGCUCAAAGAGCAGAAGCGGCAAGCUGAAAGUGAUGGAAAGAAAAAGGGCAAGAAUCACAAGCUUUAG